GCAGGGUUUCCGUUUUCAAACGCUGACUGUCAGGGCUCGUGGCGAGCGGUCGCUUUGGUUUUUAAACCGCCAACGGUCCGCUCCGGUCCGGGAGCUCGAGCGGCCGCUGAGCCGCUGGACGGCGGGAGCCCUCGGCAGGUCGGCUCCCCUCAGGACUUACUCCGUGAGGAAAAAAACUCGCCUUUUUAUUGUGUGUUUGUGUUGCCUUUCGAUCUCCGAGCCAGGGGGGGGGAACCUCAAGAGCCCGGUGGAAGCAACAGUAGCCGCUGUACCUUCCUUCCUUCGCUCCCUCGGGGGGGAAAGACUCCCGUUGCCUCGACUCGCUCCCCUCGGGAGGAGAGUGACUCCCUCCCCGGUCGCCGCGAUGGGCUGCACCAUGAGCGCCGAGGACAAGGCGGCGAUGGCCAGGAGCAAGAUGAUCGACCGCAACCUGCGAGAAGACGGCCAGAAGUCGUCGCGGGAAGUCAAGCUGCUGCUGCUCGGUGCUGGCGAAUCUGGAAAAAGUACCAUUGUGAAACAAAUGAAAAUCAUUCACGAAGAUGGGUAUUCUGAAGAGGAGUGCAAGCAAUAUAAAGCAGUGGUUUAUAGCAAUACAAUUCAGUCCAUCGUUGCUAUUAUCAGGGCCAUGGGGCGGUUGAAGGUUGAUUUUGAAGAUCCAUCAAGAGCUGAUGAUGCACGCCAAUUGUUUAUUCUAGCAGGGACCACAGAGGAAGGAAUCAUGACAGCAGAACUUGCCGGAGUUAUCAAACGGUUAUGGCAGGAUAGUGGUGUUCAAGCUUGUUUUGGUAGAUCUAGAGAAUAUCAGCUGAAUGACUCUGCAUCAUAUUAUUUGAACGAUUUGGAUAGAAUAUCCUUACAAAACUAUGUCCCCACUCAGCAAGAUGUUUUAAGAACCAGAGUAAAAACUACAGGUAUCGUAGAGACGCACUUUACCUUCAAGGAGCUGUAUUUUAAGAUGUUUGACGUUGGAGGACAAAGAUCAGAACGGAAAAAGUGGAUACACUGCUUUGAAGGUGUAACUGCAAUAAUAUUCUGUGUGGCAUUGAGUGAUUAUGAUCUUGUGCUUGCUGAAGAUGAGGAAAUGAACCGAAUGCAUGAGAGCAUGAAGCUUUUUGAUAGCAUCUGCAACAACAAAUGGUUUACAGACACAUCUAUCAUUCUGUUCCUGAACAAAAAGGAUCUAUUUGAAGAGAAAAUUACGAGAAGCCCUUUGACAAUAUGUUAUCCAGAAUACGCAGGAUCCAACACUUACGAGGAAGCUGCAGCAUACAUUCAGUGCCACUUUGAAGAUCUGAACAGACGAAAAGAAACCAAGGAGAUCUACACCCAUUUCACAUGUGCCACAGAUACGAAGAAUGUGCAGUUUGUGUUUGAUGCUGUGACAGAUGUCAUCAUCAAAAAUAAUUUGAAGGAAUGUGGAUUGUACUGAAACAUAUUAACAGCGUGUCCAGGUAUUUUGUUACUGCAAAGGAUCUUGCGAGAUGGCCAUCUUAUUCCGUGGUUAUGCUGCCUGCCAAAUUGGGAAAGAACAUUGAUGAAAUAUGGCUGUCAUGAGUCAAAAUUGCAUGCAAUAUAUUAAUUUGAUAUUAAUUGUAUUAAGGACCAUUUUUAAAACUGCAUUUUAAGCUGAAACCAAUAAGUACAUGCCUGUCCUGAUUCAGACCCAGUGUUCAAGAAAGUUCUUCACAUUCCUUUAUAAUUAAGUUGUUUACCUAAGUGUUGAUAAGAUUGAUGGCCACUAGUUUUAUUUCUCUUAAUGGCAUUUCAUUAAGUGUUCUGAUGUCCAUUUGUUGCCAUUUAUAUUAACUUUUGUAUCAUCAUGAAUCGUUGAAAUUUGUUUUUACAAAUAAGCUUUUGCUGAUUCUGAAGGAUCUGUAUACAUACAGUGCCCUCCAUAAUGUUUGGGACAAAGACCCAUCAUUUUUGUUUAUUUUCCUCUACUCCACAAUUUGAGAUCUGUAAUAGGAAAAAAUCACAUGUGGUUGAAGUGCACAUUGUCAGAUUUUAUUAAAGGCCAUUUUUAUACAUUUUGGUUUCACCAUGUAGAAAUUACAGCCCAUUUUAGGGCCCCAUAAUGUUUGGGACACAGCAAUGUCAUGUAAAUGAAAGUGGUCAUGUUUAGUAUUUUGUUGCAUAUCCUUUGCAUGCAAUGACUGCUUGAAGUCUGCGAUUCAUGGACGUCAGUUGCUGGGUGUCUUUUCUGGUGAUGCUCUGCCAGGCCUGUUUUGCAGCCAUCUUUAGCUUUUGCUUAUUUUGGGGGCUAGUCCCCUUCAGUUUACUCUUCAGCAUAUAAAAGGCAUGCUCAAUUGGGUUCAGAUUGGGUGAUCGACCAUUUUUUAGCUUUGAAAAACUCCUUUGUUGCUUUAGCAGUAUGUUUGGGAUCAUUGUCUUGCUGUAGAAUGAACUGCCAGACAAUGAGUAUUGAGUCAUUUGUUUGAACUUGAGCAGAUGGGAUGUGUCUAUAUUCUUCAGAAUUCAUUAUGCUACUACCAUCAGCAGUUGUAUCAUCAAUGAAGAGAAGUGAUACAGUACCUUCAGCAGCCAUACAUGCCCAGGCCAUAACACUUGCAUUAAGGAGGCAAUUAAACACACCUGGGCAAUUACAAACACCUGUGAAGCCAUGUGUCCCAGUAUUAUGGUGCCCUGAAAUGUGGGGAUUAUGUAUAAACACAGUUGUAAUUUCUGCAUGGUGAAACCAAAAUGUGUAAAAGUGGCCUUUAAUAAAAUCUGACAAUGUGCACUUUAACCACAUGUGAUUUUUUUCCUUUUUCUUUUUUUUUUUCUUUUCUAUUACAAAUUUCAAAUUGUGGAGUACAGAGGUAAAUAAAUAAAUGAUGGGGUUUUUUGUCCCAAACAUUAUGGAGGGCACUGUAUGAAAUGUUAGGUUUUUGUAUAUCUUGGUAGAAUGGACUCUACCUGGAAAGAGAACCAUGUUCUGCAGAACACAAUUUCUGUUUGCUAACACAAUGUAAAGUAUAUUUGUCCAUUUCUAAAACAGUAUUAAGAUCAACAGAAUAAUAUAGUAGUGUGAUCCAGUAUUUACUUAAAUUCUCAGCAGCUUUGCUUAAUUCUAAGUGUUAGCCAUUGUUCAAUUUGCCAAAUGUAAAAUGUCUAGCUGUUUAAAAUUGGGCCAAAUCUUUCGAAAUGCCCAUUAUGCAGCUCCAUCUUACUGCUUUUUAGUUUAUCUUUUUGUGAAUGCAGUGACAGUAACCUUGAAUUUGAUACAAAUAUUAGUUUCUCCUAUUCAUUCCAGAAUUUUAAUAGAAUCGGCCAGCACAGAAAGAAUUUAAAGAUUUUAGUUAUGAUCUGUGAAGUGGCAUGAUACUACUGUCACUUGAUUAUUUUUAUAAUACAGCACUGCCAUGUAAACCACAACUAAUAAAACCAUAAAGUGACUAAUUUUUUGG